CACCGACAGGAAAGGAGAGAAGAAGAAGAGAAGAGGAGGAAGAGAAGAAGAAGAAGAGGAGAAGAAGCGUGUGGAUAUGUCGAGGCUCCCGGUCGUGGUGUUCCUCUCGGCUCUGCUUCUGCUCUGCGAGGGCAACCCGUGCUGCUCGGUGCCGUGUCAGAACCGGGGCGUGUGCACAGCGUUUGGACCUCAGAACUACGAGUGUGACUGCACACGCACGGGUUACCAUGGACACAACUGCACAACGCCUGAAUUCCUCACCUGGGUCAAAAUCUCCCUGAAGCCGACGCCCAACACCGUCCACUACCUGCUGACCCACUUCAAGGGCUUCUGGAGCAUCAUCAGCAGCAUCUCCUUCCUCCGAGACGCCAUCAUGACAUACGUGCUGACGUCUCGAUCCCACCUGAUCGACAGCCCUCCCACCUUCAACGCGGAUUACGGCUACAAGAGCUGGGAGGCCUACUCCAACCUCUCCUACUACACGCGCACCCUCCCCCCCGUGCCGGAGGACUGCCCCACCCCCAUGGGAGCCGUGGGUCACAAGGAGCUGCCCGACGCCAAGCUGCUGGCCCAGAAGCUGCUCCUGAGGAGGGAGUUCAUCCCCGACCCGCAGGGCUCCAGCCUGAUGUUCGCCUUCUUCGCGCAGCACUUCACUCACCAGUUCUUCAAGUCCGACAUGAAGAGAGGACCGGCCUUCACUCUGGCUCAAGGGCACGGGGUGGACCUUAACCACGUGUACGGAGACAACCUGGAGAGACAACACAAGCUCCGCCUCCGAAAGGACGGCAAGCUCAAAUAUCAGAUCCUGGACGGAGAGGUGUACCCGCCGACGGUAAAAGAAGUGGGCGUCGACAUGCACUACCCCCCCCACGUGCCCGACGCCCACCGCUUUGCCGUGGGCCACGAGGCGUUCGGCCUGGUGCCCGGCCUCAUGAUGUACGCCACCUUGUGGCUGCGCGAGCACAACCGGGUGAGCGGCGUGCUGCAGGACGUCCACCCGGACUGGGACGACGAGCGGCUGUUCCAGACCAGCCGGCUGAUUCUGAUCGGCGAGACCAUCAAGAUCGUGAUCGAGGACUACGUGCAGCACCUGAGCGGUUACCACUUCAAGCUGAAGUUCGACCCGGAGCUGCUGUUCAAUCAGCGCUUCCAGUACCAGAACCGCAUCGCGUCUGAGUUCAACACGCUGUACCACUGGCACCCGCUGAUGCCCGACAGCUUCCGCAUCCAGCGGCGCGACUACGGCUACAAGCAGUUUGUCUUCAACACCUCCAUCGUCGCCGAGCACGGCAUCGGGCGCCUCGUGGAGUCCUUCUCCAACCAGAUCGCCGGACAGGUCGCCGGCGGCCGCAACGUGCCCAGGCCGAUCAUGCACGUGGCCGUCAAGUCGAUCGAGAACAGCCGGAGGAUGCGGUACCAGUCGCUGAACGCCUACAGGAAGCGCUUCUCCAUGAAGCCCUACAGCUCCUUCCAGGACCUCACAGGAGAGAAAGAAAUGUCCGCCGUGCUGGAGGAGUUCUACGGCCACGUGGACGCCGUGGAGCUCUACCCGGGCCUGCUGGUGGAGAAGCCCAGGCCCAACGCCAUCUUCGGGGAGACGAUGGUGGAGAUGGGGGCGCCGUACUCCCUGAAGGGCCUGAUGGGGAACCCCAUCUGCUCCCCGGAGUACUGGAGGCCGAGCACCUUCGGCGGCGCCGCCGGCUUCGCCAUCGUCAACGGCGCCUCGCUGCAGAGGCUGGUGUGCGACAACGUGCGGGGGCCCUGUCCCGUGGCGUCCUUCUCCGUGCCCGACGAGAAAGACUCGGGGUCCGUCAUCAACUCCGGCGCGUCCCACUCGGGCGACAGCGACCUCAACCCCACCGUCGUCCUGAAAGAACGAGCCGCCGAGCUCUAGGCACUUUCACUUUUUUUUUUUGAUACGGAUAUUUUUUGUAAAUUUAUAUUUAUCUAUUUAUUUGUUUUAUUUAUUGUCUGCUAUUUAUGACACGGAAUAUUUGUAUAAUGUUAUUACCUUCGCAUUGAAAAUGCGGAAGGUUAUGUUUUGAUCGCCGUGUAUUUAUUUAUUUGUAUGAGUGUUACUCGCAUAACUCAAAAAGUAUUAAACCGAAUCGCAUGAAAUUUGGUGGGAUGAUUGGUUAUUAUCCGGGGACCAUUUGAUUAGAUUUUGGGAUCGAUCGGGUCAAAGGUCAAGGUCAUGAAAAGGUUAAAAUCUUAUUUUUACCAUAGCGCAGUCAAUUUUUAUCCAAUUGGCAUGCAACUAAUGCCAAAAUGUUCAUAAUUCAAUGCCCAAUCUUGUGAUAUGCGAAGGUAUGCGCUCUACCGAGUGCCAGUUUUGUAUAUUUUACUUUGAUUUUUUUUUUUUCAAGAACGAAAAAGGUUAGUUUACAGUUCAUAACGACACGCUGCGUACUUCACAUUCCUGAUAACUGCUCGUCCUCUGAUGUUUACGGUUGUCCCACUGUGUGUGUGUUUGUGUGUGUGUGUGUGUGUGUGUUCUCAGUGAAAUAAAGACUGACCUGGACUCACUUGAUCACGAUGUACCUGAAGCGUGUUGCUCCGGGUGCUUUAAUAAUGUCUUUAAUAACUCAUUGUCAUAGAAUAGAAUAGAAUAGAUCAGUUACAUUCCUCAUCUGAACUCAUGCUCUGUACUGUAUACAUUACAUGUUUGUACGUUGUAGUUGUUGUAAAGUUUUGACGAAUAAAUGCUCCGGGAACACGGAGAUCAUUUCUCAGAAACCAACGUUGUCAUUUUCAUUUUUGUGACUCUUUAAAUAAAUUGUUCACUUUUAUACUUUCUGAGAAAACAACAAUAGAAUCACCAGGA